AUGCUUUCUGUGGCCACCUCCUAUAUUCUUCUUUCUCCCCAUCUCUCUCAACUUCCUCUAUUGGCCCGAGUGAAUUCAUGCUGCAAGUUUCGAUUGUUCAAUUCUGGGUUACUUCCCCACGGUCUAAGGGUUGAUUGUGGCAUCUUUGCUGGUUUUGGGUAUGUAGCUGUUGCUUGGAUCCACGGUUUGAAGUCGUUGUGUUUUUACUGUAAUUUCUCCAAUUGGGUGUUGUGUAGUGGAGGAUUUGGAAUCUGGGUGUUGGAGAUUUUGUUGAUAUUUUUUUUUCCUGGGGUGUUUGGAUUCAUGGAGACUCAAUUAGAGGGGAAAAAUCAGUAUUUGUAUGGACCUGUGGUGCCAGAGAUGAAGAGUGUUGGGAAGAGAAGUUUGGAGUGGGAUUUGAAUGAUUGGAAGUGGGAUGGGGAUCUUUUCACUGCUACGCAACUGAAUUCAGUGUCAUCAGAUUGUAUGAGUCGUCAGCUGUUUCCUACUGAUCCUGAAAUUCUUGCAACUGGUGAAGCUUCUAACAAUUUGUCUUCUGCAUAUGACGAUGUUAACCUUGCGGAAGGAAAGAGAGAAUUGGAGAAGAGAAGGAGAGGUGUUAUUAAUGAAGGAGGAGUGGAGAUGAAUGAUGGAGCUGGUUCUCUUAAUUUGAACCUUGGGCGUCAAGUAUACCCUAUCAUAGAAGGGGAGGAAAAAAGUGGAAAGAAGACAAAGAUAACUGCGAGUACUUUGAACCGGGCUGUUUGUCAGGUGGAAGAUUGUAGGGCUGAUCUUAGUAAUGCGAAGGAUUAUCACCGCCGCCACAAAGUUUGUGAUAUGCAUUCUAAGGCUAGCAAUGCACUAGUUGGAAAUGUUAUGCAGAGAUUCUGUCAACAGUGUAGCAGGUUUCAUGUUCUUCAAGAAUUUGAUGAAGGGAAGAGAAGUUGUCGAAGGCGACUGGCCGGCCACAAUAAGAGGAGGAGGAAAACACAUCCUGAUGCUAGUGUAGUUAAUGACAACUCUCUGAAUGAAGAAAAGGGCAGUAGCUAUCUGUUAAUGAGUUUGCUAAGGAUACUGUCCAAUAUGCAUUUCGCCAGAUUUGUUCACUGGAAAAGCUUGCCAGAGCAUAGGUGGUCACUGCAGUUCUGGUCACUGGCAAGGGUGGUGGCUGGAGAAGGUUCAACAGAGUUGGUUGGGCAUGGUUUAGGAUUUCACAAGAGUAGACAGGUGGUUGUCUUGAACAAUUUAGCUCGACUCUUUUUCUCUCGUAUGGACUUUCCAUGUCCAAAAGGAUGGGAAAAUCAUUUGGCAAAUGGCUCAGAUAAUAUGAGAAACCAGGAUGUUCUAACUCAUCUGCUGAGGAACCUGGCAAGUAUGGCUGGUACAAUUAAUGGAAGAAAUUUAGUUUCUUUGUUGGAGGGAUCUCAAGAUUUGGUAAAAGCUGGGACAUCUGGUGCUGCACAGAAUGUUCCGAACACAAAUUCAAAUGGUCCUGAAUCAUCCAGACCUUUUGAUUCUUCUAUCAAAAUGGAUAAUGGUCUAAUCAGUCAGAACCCUCCAGAGUCUAUGGUACAAUGUGAGAUGACUCCUGCCAAUGAUAUGACUAAGAAAUGUAUCACCUCAGAUUGUGAUGGAAGAGGAAGUUUAAAAUCUCCUUCAGUACCACAGUCCUCAAAUGCAAUUCUAUCACGGGAUAGCCUUCGACCCCAAUCAGUUGCAGCAGAGACUGCUAUUGGAAGAAUUGGGUUAAGUAAUAUUGACCUGAAUAAUGCAUAUGAUGAUGAUGUACAGGAUUAUGUUGGGAACACGAGGAAUUCUCGUCCUCCUUUCCCUCCAGGGAAUGCACCUCUUGAUCAUCCUUUAUGGGUCCAAUGUGACUCUCUCAAGUCAAGUCCACCGCAGACAAGUAGAAACUCUGAUUCAACCUCUACACAGUCACCUUCAAGUUCUAGUGGAGAAGCUCAGAGUCGCACAGAUAGAAUUGUUUUCAAACUGUUUGGCAAGGCUCCAAAUGAUUUCCCCCAUGCUCUCCGAUCACAGAUCCUUAACUGGUUAUCCCACAGUCCCACUGAGAUAGAGAGCUAUAUAAGGCCUGGCUGUGUCAUACUAACUGUAUAUCUCCGUCUAGAAAAUUCUGCUUGGGAAGAGCUAUGCUAUAAUCUAGGAUCCACCUUGAGAAAACUUGCUGGGUCGAAUGAUUCUUUCUGGAGAACAGGAUGGAUAUAUACAAGAGUGCAGCACUCUGUAGCUUUUCUGUAUAAUGGUCAGGUGGUCUUAGAUGUACCAUUGCGCUUCAAAAGUCCACAGAGUUGUCAGAUUUUUGGCGUUAAACCACUUGCUGUUUCUUCAAGUUCUAGUGCUCAAUUUAUUGUGAAAGGAGUCAACCUUUUGCUUUCUAACACCAGGUUCCUCUGUGCACUUGAAGGGAAGUAUCUAGUGCAAGAUAGUUGUUAUGAUUUGAUUGAUGCUGAUGCUGCCAUUGCACAUCAUGAGCUUCAGCAUCUCAGCUUCUCUUGCAAUAUACCAAAUGUGACUGGAAGAGGGUUUAUCGAGGUGGAAGAUAAUGGUCUUAGCAGCUGUUCCUUUCCAUUCAUAGUUGCAGAGCAAGAAAUUUGUUCAGAGAUAUGUAAGCUCGAGAAUGUCAUUGAGGCAGCUGAGACUGCUGAUGACAUCCGAAUAAAAACUAAACUAAUGGAAGAAAAGACUCAAGCAUUGUAUUUCGUACAAGAAAUGGGUUGGCUCCUUCACAGAAAUCGUGUGAAAGAUAGGCUAGGUCAUGUGGCACCUGUACAAGAUCGCUUCCAUUUUAAUCGGUUCAUGUGGCUUGUUGGCUUCUCUUUGGACCAUGACUGGUGUGCUGUGAUGAAAAAGCUCUUGAACAUUAUCUUUGAGGGCACUGUUGAUAUAGGAAAUCGUAGCUCUGUUGAGUUAGCAUUGUCAGAGAUGGAUCUUCUGCACAAAGCUGUAGAAAGAAAUUGCAGGCCUAUGGUGGAACUACUGUUAAAAUUUGAGCCAGGUAAUGCUUCAGAUCGUGGAGACAGUAAAGAGAAGCAAGUCAACAAGUCCCCUGACAGAUUCAUAUUCAGACCUGAUACCGUUGGGCCUACUGGGCUGACUCCCCUUCAUGUUGCAGCAAGUAUGCAUGGUGCUGAGAAUGUGUUGGAUGCAUUAACUGAUGAUCCAGGACUGGUUGGAACUGGGGCAUGGAAAAGUGCUCAGGACACUACAGGUUUGACCCCCUAUGACCAUGCAUCCCUGCGGGGCUACUACUCCUACAUUCAACUUGUCCAGAGUAAAACAAGAAACACAUGCAAAAGUGAAUAUGUGCUUGAUAUCCCAGGCACUCUUGUAGAUAGUAACAUAAAGCAGAAGCUAUCAGAUGGGCAGAGGUCAUCAAAAGUUUCAAGUUUGCAAACUGAAAAGAUUGAAACAACAGCAAUGCCGCGACAUUGUGGGCAAUGCCAGCAGAAGCUGGCAUAUGGUGGUGCGAGAAGAGCAGUGGUUUAUAGGCCAGCAAUGCUGUCCAUGGUGGCCAUUGCAGCUGUGUGUGUCUGUGUGGCUUUGCUAUUCAAAAGCUCGCCCAAAGUCUAUUAUGUAUUCCAGCCCUUCAGUUGGGAAUCAUUGGAGUAUGGUUCAAUGUAA